UUUUCGUUCCCCCCCCUCACCCACGAAGAGAGAGAAAGGAGAGAGAGAGAGAGAGAGAGAGAGGGAGAGAGAGGGAGGGAUCUGCGCGAUCAUGGCGAGAGGAGGCGCGAUCUAGUCGAACGUAGAGAGAAAGGGAGGGGUUUCUCUUCUCCGAUUCCGACUCCUCCGACACUCUCCGCUGCGGCCCCCCGAUCGAUUGCCUCCUCGUGCUCCCGGUGUCGGUUUCGGUUGUUGGGUGGGUGGGGGAGGGGGCAGGAGAGAUUGGAUUCGAAAACCCUAGAAUCGAGUAGCGCCGCUCUUGUUUUCCAGAUUCUUCUAUCAUCCCAGCCUACUAGUCCUUGGCGCCGAUAACUUUUGGUCAGCUUUAUUGCAAGUUUUGCAUCGCAAGAGGUUUUUGAUUCUUCCGUGAGAUAAAUGUCCAUUUUCGCUCAGUUUUAGCUUAGCCAACUGUGGAGGAGUGAACAGACGCUGUUUGCACUUUACGUUUCUUGUGAUAAGCAGUUAUAUCAUUGAAGUCAUUUAUGUGGCUUCUUUACAAGUGAGUCUAACAUUUGGGCAUCAGUUCACCUCCAUGGAUUUGCCAAAUUCAUUGUGGAAUGUCUUUUUGGAGGGAAAAGAAAGAAUGUCAAAUUGGAGUAUUACCUCAUCAGCUUUUCAACUUAUUUAUGCAUCCUGGAAAUUUUAGGAGUGUGAAGGUUGUUAAUGAUGUCCUUUGAGAGAGAACAAUGGAACAUGAAUCUGAGAAAAGAUUUCCCGCCUGUCCUAAAGAUUACGAAUUGUAUGAAGAAAUCGGAGAGGGCGUUAGUGCUACAGUUCGCAGGGCGCUCUGUAUUCCACUCAAUGAAAUUGUCGCAAUUAAAAUUCUUGACCUUGAGAAGUGCAAUAAUGAUCUAGAUGGGAUAAGAAGGGAGGUUCAAACAAUGAGCCUGAUCGAUCAUCCGAAUGUUCUUCGAGCACAUUGCUCUUUCACAUCUGGUCACGACCUUUGGGUUGUGAUGCCUUACAUGGCAGGGGGAUCGGCCCUUCACAUUAUGAAAUUUGCUUACCCAGAAGGUUUUGAGGAGCUGGUUAUCGCAACUCUUUUGCGUGAGGUCCUUAAAGCUCUCGUAUAUCUCCAUUCUCAUGGGCAUAUCCACAGAGAUGUUAAGGCUGGGAAUAUACUGAUUGAUGGCAAUGGAGCUGUUAAACUAGCAGACUUUGGGGUCUCAGCUUGCAUGUUUGAUACUGGUGAUAGGCAGCGUUCCCGAAAUACAUUUGUCGGAACUCCCUGCUGGAUGGCUCCUGAAGUUAUGCAGCAAUUGCAUGGUUAUGACUUCAAAGCAGACAUUUGGUCAUUUGGCAUAACGGCGUUAGAGCUUGCCCAUGGUCAUGCUCCAUUUUCUAAGUAUCCCCCAAUGAAGGUCUUGCUUAUGACGUUGCAAAAUGCACCACCAGGUCUGGACUAUGAAAGGGACAAGAGAUUCUCAAAGUCUUUCAAGGAUCUGGUUGCUACAUGCUUAGUAAAGGAUCCAAAGAAGCGACCCUCUUCAGAAAAGUUGUUGAAGCACGCUUUCUUUAAGCAUGCUCGUUCAAAUGAAUAUCUAGAGAAGAGUAUUCUUGACAACCUUUCUCCGCUUGGUGAACGUUUUAGGAUGUUAAAGAGUAAGGAGGCUGAUUUCCUAUUACAUAACAAGGGUUUACCUGGAGAAAAAGAACAGUUAUCUCAGCGAGAGUAUAUACGGGGAAUAAGUGGUUGGAAUUUCAACCUAGAGGACUUGAAAGCUCAGGCUGCCCGUCUAGAAACCUCAGAUGGUGCCCUCCCUUCAGAAGAGGUAGAUAAUAUUUCUAACACCAAGGAUGCCUUUGAUGAAGCUGAUAUUCAGCAGCAAAUUCGUUCAUCAGAAAGUGUUAACAAUUCUAGCUCUGCAACUUCUCCUGAGGUAGACAUACAAGAUAUUCAAGAAUUGGAGGGUCCAUUUGCCUCUGCAUUUGCAAGUCGUCCUCUUGAGGCACUCAAAUCUUGUUUUGAUGUCUGCGAUGAUGAGACCGAUGCUAACAGUCCUAUAUUAAAAGCACAUUUAAACUCAGAAUCCCGGUUUCCUUCAGAACAAUCAUCCCAGCUAGGGGAUUUGAGGGCCGCCAAGUGUAAUGGUGAUAACUUGGAAAGGAGUGUUUCCGUGCCCACGAAUAUCAGUGUUCUUGGAUGCCAGAAAUUCUCUAGCGGUUCUCUUCUCCCAGAGCAUGUUCUUUCUCCUUACAGGAGAACUUCUGGGGAUACUGAGAGGGAUGAGUUGCAUCGGAAACACCACAAUGAAAGGAAUCAUAGUGGCCCUCUUUCAUUCCGUCAAAUGAGAGAUGCACAAGCACAACAGGAACCAUCAGAGGAGAAAGUUGUUCAGCGUAGGGGGAGGUUCAAGGUUACAUCAAGUGAUGUUACUCCAAAGGUAGCUUCAACAGCAAACAGCAAGGCGGACCAAUUCAGUGGAACACCAACAAGACGUACACUAAACGGUCCUGCUCUUCUUCCACCGUUGCAAUUUUUAUUGCAGCAAAAUGCUAUGCAAAGGGAGCAACUUCUUAAAUUGAUGGCAUGUGUCGAGCAAACAUCUGGCUUCCAUUCAGAAGUUUCCGAUGCAGGAACUAGUGAUUCAUCACAGUUGUGUCAAGCAUCUUCAAGGGAAAAGGAGCUACAGGCUUAUGUGGCUCAUUUGGAACAAGGCAUUAUGGAACUUGCCCAAGAGGUGCAGAAGCUAAAAACGAAGAACACUCAGCUAGAGCGGCAGAUCAAUGCUCUGACCAGCAAGGAGGAUAGGGUGCGGCGGAGAUAAAUAGGCAGCACGAGAAUGAAAAUACCAUCCCGUAGAAGACACGGCGCGCCAGAUGCUCGCGGCGGAUUCUGGUAUGUGUUUAUUCAGCAACUCCGGCCCUGUUUGGAUCCUCGUCCGUCCAUGUAAUAUCCUUGCAAUUUUGAACGUUUGUGUUUGUGGAGAUGCUUCCGUGUUUGUUUUGUUUCCUAACUUAAAAAAAAGCAAGUAGCCGACGGUCUCAUAUGUCGAUUUAUCUGUACAGCAUGGUGGGUCUUUGUUUAUAAAGUUGGGGCAAAUGCUUGUUUAUAAAGUUGGGGCAAAUGCUAUUGCGAGAUUUGCGAGCGAACGAAAACUACAUUUGUGCACAAUUUUAGCUUUUGAAUAUAUCUUAUUGCUUCCACGAA